GUUCAUGAUUCGCCCUAAACAUAAUAAUAUUGCAAAUUGCAAGCUCGCCGUCUCAGCAACCAACCUAUCAUUACAAUACCAUUCAUUCUCAAUUAUAUUAUUAUCGCGUUUUUCACUUCUGUCACAAUAUUCAACCUUUCUUCUUCUUCUUCUUCUAUUCUUGUUUCUCGCACUCGCACCACAAAUCAAUUUCAGCAGCUUGAACAAGUGGAGUGGUGUUUUAUAUUGGACUUCCUGGAAUGCAUAGGCCAGUGGCUGUUUCGGCCACACCUCGAGGUGGAUUGCCUACUGAUAGUGGUGACUCCGUUGUCACUUUAGAUCAAGUUCCACGAUGGAAUGAUACCGAUCAGUCGUUAGGGUAUGAAAAUGAAGAUUCUCCGUUUUCUGGUUCUUACUUCCCUGAUCCUUUAGCAUCGGCCUCAGGAGAAGAUGGCAGUUCGUCGGCAUCUAGAUUUCCUGUUGAUCAUGAAAUUAAUUCGAGGAUUUAUUUGUGGAGGGGAAAUCCUUGGAAUCUUGAGGUGGAUGUUGUUGUAAACUCGACUAAUGAGAAUAUGGAUGAAGCACACAGCAGCCCUGGAUUGCAUGCUGCAGCUGGGCCUGGUCUUGCAGAAGAAUGUGCGACUCUGGGUGGAUGUCGAACAGGGAUGGCUAAAGUUACCAAUGCAUAUGACCUUCCGGCUAGGAGAAUUAUCCACACUGUUGGCCCUAAAUAUGCUGUGAAGUACCAUACUGCUGCAGAGAAUGCUUUAAGUCAUUGCUACCGUUCUUGCCUGGAGCUUCUAGUUGACAAUGGACUUCGAAGCAUUGCUAUGGGUUGUAUUUAUACGGAGGCAAAGAACUAUCCCCGAGAACCUGCUGCUCAUGUAGCUAUAAGAACUGUACGACGGUUUCUUGAAAAGCAGAAAAAUAACUUAACAGCUGUUGUAUUUUGCACCACUAGCACAACCGAUACUGAAAUAUAUAAAAGGCUGCUUCCACUUUACUUUCCUCGGGAUAAACAUGAGGAGCAAGUUGCUUUGUCAAAACUUCCUGCAGAUGUUGGGGAUGAAAAUGGUGAGACCAUCAUAGAUGAGCGUAAAAUCAGAAUAAAGCCUUUGCCUAAAAAGAGUGUUUCAAGACCACCCGAUGUUGCAGUUGAUCUUCCUGUGACUGAUAUUGUCCUGGUUCAAAAGAAUUCACCAAAUUUAGAUUCAUUUUUGGAUCCUGCCUUCAUGUCCUUGAUUAAAGACCCUGAUCAAAGGCGUCUGGAGCAGUGGGAGAAAACUGCUGAAGCACAAAGAGGCUUUAAUUGUGCUAAAUUACUUGGAUAUGGUGACCUUGAGGGGCCUCCACUGUCUGCUGCCGAAGAAUAUUCUCUCCACUCUAGAUACCUAUCCAAAGCAAACUCCUUAAAUCUUUCUGAAGUUGCAGAAAUGAAAAUUGUCUACCGUGGAGGCGUAGACAGUGAAGGUCGUCCCGUCAUGGUUGUCGUGGGGGCUCACUUUUUGCUAAGGUGUCUUGAUCUAGAACGAUUUGUCUUAUAUGUGGUGAAGGAGUUUGAGGCUUUAAUACAGAAACCUUAUACUAUUGUCUACUUUCACUCUGCUGCAUCUCUGCAGAUGCAGCCAGACCUAGGUUGGAUGAAAAGAUUGCAACAAAUACUUGGUCGGAAGCAUCAGCGCAAUCUGCAUGCAAUAUAUGUGCUGCAUCCAACUUUUGGACUAAAAGCAGCAGUACUUGGACUUCAAAUGUUUGUGGACAAUGACGUUUGGAAGAAAGUGGUAUAUGUUGAUCGACUUCUGCAGCUCUUUAGAUAUGUACCUCGUGAACAAUUGACCAUCCCCGAUUUUGUGUUUCAGCAUGACUUAGAAGUGAAUGGAGGGAAAGGUGUCAUUGCAGAUCCCAGAACGAAAUUUGUGUAUGACAAACCAUGAGUCGCAUGCAGUUCUACCAUUAGCUGAGUAAAAAAAAGGGGGUAGUUUGCUGCAGUUUCCUCAUCAUUCGUCUUUGCCCUUACGUUUUCCCUUAAAACCAGGAAGGCUGUGUUUUGUAAUGUGUAGCAUUAUUUUUUUAAUCAUUUGAAGUAAUGAUAAGUUUCUCUGUAUCUAUCUGUAAUUGAUGGUGAAAGCUAGAUGGUUGUCUGUUAUGAUUGUCUUGUACAUUCAAAGAAGCAUAUUUUGAAUAAAAUCAUUGUAUUUUUUUUUUUUGGUAGAAAA